AGCCCAUCAGUACCUCAACAUGAAUGCUGCCUUUAAAACAACCUAAAACCCUCUCCACCGUUCCUAAAACCCUAGCAAACUUUCUCCCCCAUGGCUUUCACUUCCAUUCUCCGGAAAACAGCUAACUCCUUAGCUCCACUCGCGAUUCGACUCACCCGAGUCCAGAGAAGCUACCACACUUGCAUCUUCACGGCCUUGAACCAUGGCCUCCAGUCUCAGCAUCCUACUGUGAACCGUUUUUACCCAAACACCCUGCAUUUCUCAACGGCUGUUGAUUCUCAAAAAUCCGCUUCUGAUGAGUCUCUUCUCCGAGUUAUUGAGUCUGAGAUUCAGUGUGCCGAGGAGAGUGAUGAAUAUGAUCAGGCUGAAGGAACCCCAAGUGAAUUCCCUUUCAAAAUCGAAGACACUCCUGGGCUUCAAACCAUAACAUUGACACGAGAGUAUGAUGGUGAACUCAUCAAAGUUAAUGUUCACAUGCCUGAUCUUGUCACUGGUCAAGGCGAAGCGGAUGAUGACGAUGAUGAUGACACUGAAAAGCCUAGUAAAUCAAAUGUCCCAUUGGUUGUUAAUGUCUCAAAAAAAGGCGGUCCGAGUUUAGAGUUCAACUGUACCGCUUACCCUGAUGAGAUUACCAUAGAUAGUUUGUCCGUUCGAAAUCCCAACUCCGAGGAUGAACUCGCCUAUGAAGGCCCAGAUUUCUAUGAUUUGGAUGAGAACCUGCAGAAGGCUUUUCACAAGUAUUUGGAGAUCCGAGGAAUCAAACCGAGCACCACAAAUUACUUGCACGAGUACAUGAUUAAUAAGGAUGGCCGGGAGUAUAUUCUGUGGUUGAAGAACCUCAAGAAGUUCAUUGAAGAAUGAGUAGUUUAUGAAAAAUGGUAAGGUCAAACUAGCACCGUUCCGAGUUGUUGUAUGAACUAAGAUACGAGUAGUUUUAUCUAUUUUUAAAGAGAUUAGGUCGUCUUUUUGGGUUAGAAUUCGGUCCAUUUCCGGUACACAUUCUUCAUUAUCAUUCACAUGGUGAAGAAUCCAUCCAUUAAAUUAUAUUUGUGAGUGAAUAGUGAAAAUAUGUAUUGGAGGGUUGGGAGGGGAGAUAAAAAAAAUAAACUAUAGACUUGUUUUUAUUUGAUUUCUAGCCAUCUCAAAGUCAUUGUUAUCAUUUAUGUGAUUUAAACAUAUUCACCCCAUCAGGAAAAGGAUUUUAUCAACAAAAGUAGAGUUCAGAGAA